AGAUGGCAUACAAAUACCGAAAGAGAUGAUUCAAAGAGUCGACUCAUUCCCAAAUGACACAUCACCUGUAAUGAAUCCUCCUUCCUGUUUCAACUGCAGCCUCGGCUGCAUUUAGUGGAGCGGAGGGAAAAGUUAAAACAUGUUUUCAAGGUAGAAACAAGGACUGACAAAGACAUAAUAAGGAAUUGACAAAGCCCCAACUUUUUUUUAAAGAAAACAAUAAAUGGUGAUGAUCAUGUCCCACAAAAGUAGUGCUGAUUAAAGUUUACUAAUAUUUAAAGAUGAAGCCUCUGGAUGUGAACACAGAUAAUGAGUCCCCACCUGCAAAAACAUGUAAACUCCAUGGAAAGAGAUCAAAAUCACCAGCACCUAGCUGUAGCUCCUUUAACUGUAAUAGGUCUGUGGAUGCUGUUUUGGAUUUUAAAGCUGGAGUCUCCCCACUUAAACAAAGCUGUAGCUCCACACAGUCUGAGGGUGUUCCAUGUGAUUUUGAAGAUGAAGACUCCUCACUUCCACAGGGGCACGACCCAGAAUCUACUGUUGUAAAUGAAUUCCAGAAAAAGUUCAAAUUAAAUCUAUUGAAGAAGUUUCAGUGUUUGCAUGGAGUGAUAAUAAACCCGGGGAACCAAACCCUCCUGAAUGAGAUCUACACAGAGCUCUACAUCACAGAGGGAGACAGUGGAGAAGUCAAUAAUGAACAUGAGGUGAGGCAGAUCGAGGCAGCAUCCAGGAGAACAACAACAGAGGAAACACCAAUCAAAUGCAAUGACAUCUUUAAACCUUUAUCUGAACAAGAUGAACCCAUCAGAACUGUUCUGACAAAGGGAGUCGCUGGCAUCGGAAAAACAGUCUCUGUGCAGAAGUUCAUUCUGGACUGGGCUGAAGGGAAAGAAAAUCAGGACAUCUACCUCAUAUUUCCACUUCCUUUCAGAGAGCUGAAUUUGAUGAAGGACCAGAAACUGAGUCUGAUGGAGCUCCUUCAGUUCUGUUUUAAAGAAACAAAAGAAACUGAAAUGUCCAGUUUGGAAAAGGUUCUGUUCAUUUUUGACGGAUUGGAUGAGUGUCGUUUUCCUCUAGAUUUCCAGAACACAGUGAGAGUGUGUGAUGUAACUGAAUCAGCAUCAGUGCCGGUGCUGCUGAUAAACCUGAUUAAAGGGAAUCUGCUUCCCUCUGCUCUCAUCUGGAUCACCUCCCGACCAGCAGCAGCUGAUCAAAUCCCCUCUGAGUGUGUGCAUCGAGUCACAGAGGUACGAGGGUUCAAUGACCCACAGAAGGAGGAGUACUUCAGGAAGAGGAUCAGUGAUCAGAGCCUGGCCAAUAACAUCAUCACACACCUGAAGUCAUUAAGAAGCCUCUACAUCAUGUGCCACAUCCCAGUCUUCUGCUGGAUUUCAGCCACUGUUCUAGAGAGAAUGUUGGGUGAAGCAGAGAGUGGAGAGAUCCCCAAGACUCUGACUCAAAUGUACACACACUUCCUCAUCAUUCAGACAAACAUCAUAAGAGAAAAAUACUCAAAGAAGCUGGAUAGUUAUGAAGAAAUGCUUCUUAAACUGGGACAACUGGCUUUUCAGCAGCUGAAGAAAGGGAACCUGAUCUUCUAUGAGGAAGACCUGAGAGAGUGUGGCAUUGAUGUGACAGAAGCAGCAGUGUACUCAGGUGUGUGUACACAGAUCUUCAGAGAGGAGUCUGGGCUUCACCAGAGUAAAGUGUACUGCUUUGUUCAUCUGAGCAUUCAGGAGCACCUCGCAGCUCUGUAUGUGAACCUGACCUUCAUGAUGGAAAAGAGGAAUGUUCUGAAACAGAAUCAGGUCUCUGAACAAGAGACAAAAGAAAAUACAAUCUCAGAUCUACACAAGAGUGCUGUAGAUCAGGUUUUAGAGUGUAAGACUGGACAACUGGAUCUUUUCCUACGCUUUCUUCUCGGUCUCUCACUGGAGUCCAAUCAGAAACUCUUACAGGAUUUAGUAAUACAGACAACAAGUGGUUCCCAGAGCAUAGAAGAAACAGUUCAGUACAUAAAGAUGAAGAUCAGUGAAGAUCUUCCUACAGAGAAAUCCAUCAAUCUGUUCUGCUGUCUGAAUGAACUUGGUGAUAAUUCUGUGGAGGAAAUCCAGCACUACCUGAAAUCUGGAAAACAAGGUGAACUCUCCUAUUCACAGUGGUCUGCUCUGGUGUUUGUGUUACUGACAUCAGCACAGGAGCUGGAAGAGUUUGACCUGAGUAAAUAUUUCAGUACAGAUAAGAUAACAGAAGCUGUUCUUCUGAAGGUAAUGCCUGUGAUUGCAGCCUCCAGAAAAGCAAUUAUCAGGUGUGAGUUACUUGGAGUGAGAAGCUGGUCAGCUCUGGCCUCAGUGCUCAGCUCAGAAACCUCCAAUCUUAGAGAACUGCAUCUGACUGUGAAAACACUGGAUCUGACUAGGACUGAUAUAGAAGAAUCGGGAGUGAAGUGUCUCUCUGCUGUACUGCAGAAUCCUCACUGUAAACUGGAGACAUUGAGGUUGUGUAAUUGUGGUGUCUCAGUUGAAGGCUGUGCUGCUCUGACUUCAGCUCUGAGAUCAAACCCCUCACACCUCAGAGGACUGAAUCUGUCCUAUAAUCUACUAGGAGACUCAGGAGUGAAGAGUCUCUCUGCUGUACUGGAGAUUCCUCACUGUAAACUGGAGAUUCUGAGGUUGUGUAAGUCUGGUGUCUCAGAUGAAGGCUGUGCUGCUCUGACUUCAGCUCUGAGAUCAAACCCCUCACACCUGAGAGAACUGGAUCUGUCUUUUAAUAAUGUAGGAGAAUCAGGGGUGAAGAGUCUCUCUGCUGUUCUGGAGAAUCCUCACUGUAAACUGGAAAAACUGUGGUUGUGGGAUUGUGGUGUAUCAGAUGAAGGCUGUGCUGCUCUGACUUCAGCUCUGAGAUCAAACCCCUCACACCUGAGAGACCUGAAUCUGUCUGGGAAUAAACUAGGAGACUCAGGAGUGAAGAGUCUCUCUGCUGUACUGGAGAAUCCUCACUGUAAACUGGAGACACUGGGGAUGCGUAAGUGUGGUAUCUCAGAUGAAGGCUGUGUUGCUCUGACUUCAGCUCUGAGAUCAAACCCCUCACACCUGAGAGAACUGGAUCUGUCUAGUAAUAAUCUAGGAGACUCAGGAGUGAAGAGUCUCUCUGCUGUACUGGAGAAUCCUCACUGUACACUGGAGAAACUUGUGUUGUGUGAUUGUGGAGUCACAGAUGAAGGUUGUGCUGCUCUGACUUCAGCUCUGAGAUCAAACCCCUUACAUCUUAGAGAACUGAAUCUGUUUAAUAAUAAAAUAGGAGACUCUGGGAAGAAUCUGCUCUCUGCUCUUACCGAUGAUGAACAUUACAGACUACAGACUCUGAGUAUGUGGUGAACACGUGCAUGUGAUGAAGACUCUGGCGUUCCUGCAUUUCCAUGUUGGGGAAUAGAGAACAUAUAAACAUCACUCAUUUAGUUAUAACGCAUUAUCCAGACUCCGAGAAGUGAGAAGUAUGGGUUUAUUGUGCACUGUGAAUCAGGACAGCUACGGUUUCAAGACACUGGUGGUACUCUCACCUGAAAGGAUUGGCAUCUGAGGAGUUCAUCUGAGGAAGGCUAUAGGAGAUUCACCACAAGUCACAUUAAACACUUUGUCUUUUGGUUAAUUAAUGCACCAGUGCUGUUAUACUACAGAUCUGUAUCUGUUGAAACACCGUUGUCCAGACAAAUGAAUCGAUUCGACCUAAAUGUUGUAUUCUGUUGUGCAUCAAUCUGUCAUUUUAUACGCUUCCUCCUCUUAUCUUUUUUUGAACGUCAGUAGCAGAAUCUUUUUUAUGCUUUAGACAGGUUUUGACUGAUUGAGAGUGUGCCUCAAUAAAAUGCCUUGCACACCCUAACAGUUUCUCCUUUUACAUUUAGUCAAUAUAAUUUCACUAACUAUACACUCUGUGGUCACAAGAGGCAUUUUCUUUCUCGUUUGUUUAAAUGUAGAAGUAUCAUAAGAUCCUGGAGCAACUUAAACACAGCAAAGCAUUACUCCUAGUUUAUAACUUAAUUAACCAGUUCAGUUAAUGUAACAAUAAAAAAUGAGUCUAAUAUUAAUUUCAAUGACAUUUCAGACUGUGGUUGAUAAGCUAACUAAUGAUACUGUUUGUAAAUAUUAUGCAGACUGGCCGCUCCACUAUUUAAACAUCGAAAAAAGAACAGCUCCUACUGAAGAGACUUAUGGAAAGAAAUUGUGCUAUUUUAGUGUCUUCUAAAUGGGCAAACUUGACAAAUCACAGAACUAUCUAUCCCAUUGAGAAAAAAAAUUACUAGAGCUACUAGCUUUAUGCAGUGUGAAUGAAAGAGCAUUUCCACAUGUAGAAUACAAAGAGAACUUAACGGAUUGGAACUAAACAGCUGUGUAGUCUCAAGAAAUCCACUUUUCAGCAUAAAGAUUGGACUAUGGAGCAAUGGAAAAAGGUCCUGUGGUCUGAUAAAUCUGUAAAGAAGGAUUGGCUGAAUCCAUUUGCGGUGUCGAUAGCAACUUUAAUAAAUCCACCCAGAUAAUCCCACAAAACAGCAAGACAGCAAGCAAGUCAACCGAACAGGCAUAAAGUCCAAAAAAACAAAAAACACGCUCAGCAUGGCUAAGGAAUCCAACAAGGGCUAAGACAAGAGCAAUAAAUCCAAAAACAGAGCAAAAGAUCUGGCGAAACAAUGGCAAAACAAACAGUUUCGUAUGUAGUAGAACUAACAAUACUUCACACUGAUUCAUGGCAUGCGUGCUGUUUAAAUGUCCGUACAUGCAGAAGUGAAAACCGGAAAUGAACCUUCGUAAAACGGAAGUUCAAAAAAUCAGGUGAGCUGUGAGUAAUGUAACAGAAUCCACCCUGCUAGGACCACCACCUUCUAUGGGAGCAGCCUCAUGGUCAGGGUGCCGGGCAUUCUGGGUGAAACUCAGCAUGGUGAAACUCAGUGAUGAGUGCUGGGUCCAGAAUGUCACCCGAGUUGACCCUCUGGGCCGUAAUCCUCCCAGUCCACUAGGUAUCGGAGACGUCCUCUCCACCUCCGGGAAUCGAGAGUCGAGUGUACCAAUUAGGCUGGGGACCCAUCUACUUUGAUGGGUGGUGGUGGUGCCAUUGUACUAUCCUUAGCAGGGGCCCUGGCUUGGGCUGGUUUGAGGAGGGAGACAUGGAAUGUGGUUGAAAUAUGAUAGCUGGCUGGCAGUUAGAGGCAGUAAGUCACAGGGUUAACUUGAUGCAAGACCUGGAAGGGACCAGUAUAUCUUGGGCUUAGUUUUCGACAAGGUAGUCUCAGGGAGAGAUUCUCUGUGGAGAGCUAUACCCACUGUCUGGGUUGAUACAGAUACAGUGGGUGUGGACACCUCCUGUGGUCGGGCUGGAUGUGCUGGCUGCGUACUACCCUCUGAAGGCGCACAGGCGCGCUCUCCCAGACUUUUUCACUAUGCUGGAACCAGUCAUCAACGGCAGAGACAAAGGUGGAUGAUAUCCACACAUGCACUGGAACGGAGUUAGGCCUGACUAUUUGCGGGUGAGACAGUCUUGGGCAUACUCGCCCCAUGAAAGAAACUCACUCCAACAUUGCGGCUCACGUUAAUGCCCAGGCUCAAGCAGAAUGCUCUCCAAAUGCGCAAUGUGAACUACACUUCCGGUCUGAUACUAUGUUCUCUGGAAUUCUGUAGUUGUGAAACACAGUGGGGCAGCACGGUGGCUUAGUGGUUAGCACUGUUGCCUCACAGCAAGAAGGUCCUGGGUUUGAAUCCUGGGGCCUUUCUGUGUGGAGUUUGUAUGUUCUCCCUAUGCCUGUGUGGGUUUACUCCGGGUACUCCGGUUUCCUCCCACAGUCCAAAGACAUGUUGAUUGGUAAUUCUAAAUGGUUGUUCAUCUAUGUGUGGUGACCUGUCCAGGGUGUACCCCUGCCUUUCACCCUAUGUGCGCUGGGAUAGGCUCCUGCAGACCCCCGUGACCCUAGGAAUAAGCGGGCAUAGACAAUGAAUGAAUGUGUUCAUUCACACAACACAGUGUUGUGGUGGUUUCCAUGGCUGUAGAAUUGUUGUAAACAACCUGGUUGAUAAUCAACCCACUAACCGUCUGAGGGAACAUCUGAGGGUCUAAGCUCUCUCCUGCCACCAUGACCCUGUACACAGGGUGGUGGAUCGGGAAUCCAUCCUGCCUUCCUCCGUAAUCAUCACACCAAUUCGCUGGGACCUCAUGGAUGAAAUCAUGAGGGCCAAACAUGAUGAUGCGCUGCCCCUGAGUGUCCCCCCAUGCUAUAUUGUAUUGUAAACAACAAUAAUGGGUUAAAGGCGGGCAUAGGAGGGCCUUUGUGGUCUGGGUUACACAAGUGUAACUGCUGGACUCAGCCCAGUUGUCAAGGUAAAAGGUUUGUUUAAAUGUUGGCUAGGCUGUAUAUGCCAGCUGAACAGGCCAAUGGCAUUGACAUCCUUACAAACUUUUCUGCUGUUUGCUGUGCCUUCUUUUGUUUUUGUUCUGUUUUUUUUGUGUGUGUGUUGCUGUGGCGAUUGAGUUUUGUUUUUUAUUCUGUUUACUUUAUUUUCAAUGUUGGGGCUUAUCUCUUAUUUGUGCCAGUCCUCAUUUGUGUGUUUUGUUUAGUUCACUUGUGUCCAUUUUCUGUUGUGUAAGAAUAAAGUUGUUGAUUUGUAACUAUUUUUGGGGGUGAUAUACCUUAGGUGGCGCAGUCUCAAAUAACUGAACAGAAGCAUUUUUGUAACAAUUAUUGGGCAGAACUUUCUCUAGAAUGACGGAAGGCUGUUAAACUCUUACAGAAAACUUGCUCAUUUUUUGCUCACUUAUUGUUUCUAAAGUUUUACAUCAGGGGUGUACUUUUUGGCCACGCUGGGUUUUAAAAUUUGACAGAUGGGCCAGGCCAGUAGAAUAUGAAAGGAUGAACUAAUAUAAAUUAUAUGUGAAACCCAUUACCUAAAAAGUAAAGAAAACUUUUAUUUACUUUCAGUGGGAACAGUGUUGUUCAUCACCCUUUUUGCCACUAUAUCGAAGUUUGUCGUCUUUUUUUUUUUUGGUCCAUUCAUUGUUAAUGUAAUGCUUAAUGCAAUAGCUGCAUGUAAAGAUGUUUGUAAAGAUGACAAACAGCCUUAGCAAAGGUCAGUACAGAAAAAGGCAAAAUGAAUGGUCUUUAUGACAAUUUUGUAAAUACUUGAUGGGCCAGAUUAAAUAGCCUAACAGGCUGUAUAUAGCCCACAGACCCUAGUUUGCCCGCCACUGUUUUAUGUUACUUGUUUAUAUCUUCCAAACAGGUGUUUGAAUGUAAAAUAAAUGCAUAGAAAAAUCUGCAUUUUGCAUUUUUUAUACCACCUUGUUCAUAGAAAUUAGUGA